AUGGCUCCACCAACGCCCGUACUGGCUCGAGAAGAACUCCCAGAAAUACCCCAAUCUAAGAAUUGCGUCCUAAAGUCUCUAACACAGUUCCAAUGCCAACUUCGCCCAGCAGGGAGCGGGCUUUACGAGUGUGUGCCCUUCAAGAGACUAUUCCAAGAGUGUCGAGACCCUUCUGGUCGCUUCAAGUCGAGGAUUGAGGUUACUUCACCGCUCACCAACCAUUGA